ACCAGCAGACGGCCGGAGUCCACCGGCCAGACUUCCAGCAAGCGGGCACAGCCUAACCGGGCACAGCCGAGCCGGGUAGAUCCUCCAGCAGACGGGCACAGCCGGCCAGAACCGCGCCGGGCAGAGUCUCCAGCGGCCGGGCACAGCCGGACCGGGCAGAGGUUCCAGCUAGUUGGCACAGUCGAACCGGGCACAGCCUCUAGUAGCCGGGCAGAGCCGGGCAAAGCCUCCGGGAGGCGGGCAGAGAGCCACCAGCAGACGGACUGCCCCCCUCUCUCGGCCCGACCGCACCCCGGAAGGCGGCAGACGAUGCCCGGGGAGCCGGGUGAGGCCCGCGGGGGAACUGCCUGGGCAUAACGCGCCCCCUCCCCACCCGCUCCCAGCCAGUCAAAGCUCCCACGGGUGUCCCGCCCAGGUGAUGAUGUUGAACGGGGACACGGGCUCCUCCUCCUCCUCCUCGCCCUCCUCCUCGUCUACCAGGAUCGUGGUCCGCAGCUCCAGUGUCAGCGGCGAGAUGUACAAUGGGGAGAAGGGCGGGGGUGGGGGGCCAGCAGAAGCGGGAAAUAUGAUGGCCAAAAAGCGACGCAGCAGCCUCGGGGCUAAGAUGGUGGCCAUCGUGGGCCUCUCUCAGUGGAGCAAGAGCACCCUGCAGCUCAACCAGCCCGACGGGGGCUCCAAGAAGCUGCGGAGCAACAUCCGAAGGAGCACGGAGACGGGCAUCGCGGUGGAGAUGCGGAAUCGGGUCACGCGCCAGGGCAGCCGGGAGUCCACGGACGGCAGCACCAACAGUAACAGCUCCGACGGCACGUUCAUCUUCCCCACGCCCCGGCUGGGGGCCGAGAGCCAGUUCAGCGAUUUUCUGGAUGGGCUGGGGCCGGCCCAGAUCGUGGGGCGACAGACUCUGGCCACACCGCCCAUGGGGGACGUCCAGAUUGGCAUGAUGGACCGGAACGGACAGCUGGAGGUAGAGGUGAUCCAGGCCCGAGGACUCACCCCCAAGUUAGGAUCCAAGUCCAUCCCCGCCACCUACAUCAAGGCUUACCUGUUGGAAAAUGGGGUCUGCUUAGCCAAGAAGAAGACCAAGGUAAUCAAGAAGACAUGUGACCCACUGUACCAACAGGCACUGCUGUUUGAGGAGGGGCCUCAGGGUAAAGUUCUGCAGUUGAUUGUCUGGGGUGAUUAUGGCCGUAUGGACCACAAAUGCUUCAUGGGAAUGGCCCAGAUCGUCCUGGAAGAGCUGGAUUUGAGCAACAUGGUGACAGGCUGGUACAAACUCUUCCCCACCUCCUCCCUGGCAGACUCCACCAUCGGCCCUCUCACGCGCCGGCUGUCUCAGUCCUCUCUCGAGAGCUCCACAAGUCCUUCCUGUCCUUAAGGAUCCCGGAAAGGAGAAGCUGGAGAGGGGAGGGGGAGUGGGGGGACCGGCUGAACCAGAUCCCCUCUCCCCACCUGUCCCCUUUUCUGGAACAGCCGGACACCCCCACCCCAAAUCCCUACUAGCCCAGAAGGCAAGAAGACUCCUCUGUGUGCUGUGUGUGUACAGGGUGUGUGUGCGUGUGCUGUGUGAAGGUGCGAGUGUGUGAAUGGCACGUAUGUAUGCGUGUGAGGGAUGACCCACUGUCCUUCCCAUGCAAAACCAAGUCUAAUUCCCACGACUGUCACCGCGCCUCAUCCUGCCACGUGGGAAAGAAACCAAAAUUGGAAUUUCACCAGGGGACAAGGACUCCCGAUUCCUGGGAAUACUGCAGGUCGGUUCUGACUGAUACCAUCGCAAGUAGCAUGUGCCUGUUUAUUUCGUCUUUCACGGCCUUUCUGUUGGUUUUGUUCCUUCCAGGAAAGCGUGGAACAAGACUCUCUGAUUCUACUGGGCACUAAUUAAUUAUUUUUUUUUAAUUUUUAAGGAAUGUAGCAUCCAACAUAGCCUGCCUCGCUCUCUUUGAACUCUUGCUGCGCUCUUUGUCCAGAGGCUUGCCCCUGGCCGACUGGACCAACCCGACCCCCCAACCGCUUGGAGCCCAGUAGGAUUUCCUGGUCCCUAUUUUGCAGCAUCGGCGACUAAUUUUGUUGACUGCAUCAGUAGCAUUGAGCCUGUGCACCAAGCAGCCCCGCUGAAGCCGGAGGCAGGGGCCGCUCCCCUGGACUGUCGAAGGGCAUUCCCUAGCCCCUAACCCCCUCUCCAGCCCUCACCAAGCCCUCCUCCCCUUUGAACUCAGAGUCAAAAGGCCGGGACCCCUGGAACAAGAGAUUAAGGUGCUAAACUCCAGGGAAGGCAAUCUCCCUAUUUCCCCCCCAUCCCUAUUCAGGAAUUCCUGUUCCCCAGUCUUUUCCCAAGUCCCUGUGGCCUGUGUGAUCAGGGAAACCAAGACCCUUUUUUCUUCCCUCUCCGUCCAGCCAGCUCACGGCUGGGGAAGUUUCUGUAGCAGUCGCUACGGAGCGACAAUGGGCCGGAAGGUAUUUCCUGACUGUUUAUGUCGAUUUUGCUUUUGUUAGGAAAUCUGCCGGCCUCAUGACUCCAAAGGAGACCCGAGUUCCUGUAGCAAACCUGAGUUCGGGAUAUUUGACUGGAAGGGCCUAGGGUAGUGGGGGCCAGCAGGGGAGAGACCCCUUAGAAAUCAAUUCCUUCUGUUCGGCUUGCUGAGAGGAAUCAGAUUGGGAGAGCUCCAGACUAGGGCAUGGAUGGGUUGGGGCACAGGGAAGGAAGCUGGCAUAGGGACUGGGGGUGGGAUCUUGGAUCUCCAAACCCUAUUGGUUUGGUUUAAGCUUUCUUCUUUUUAAAAGAGAAUGAGAGCACAGGAGGUUGCGCUGCUCCUCACUGGUCCCUGGAGGGAAGGGGGAUGAGAAGCUGGGAAGGGUGGUUGGAAAGGGGGCACUAGAGGCCAGAAAGGGAGAUGGGUGGCCAGGAAGGCCUCAAUCCAGGGGUGUGUGUCAACAUUUCUUCAAUGGAGUUCCCCUGUUUAAGGCUCCUGGAUCCAUGCUGCAAGGAAAACCUAAUCCGUGUGUUCAGUGUCUAGCAAAUCCCUGGCUUUGGGAUUUCUGCUUUCCUCGACACACCCACGACCAAAGAGCUCAGGGUCUCUGGGCGGUGGACUCUCCUUCCCGGGAUGGGAUCUGUCCCUCUGGGGGUCACUCACUGUCCAGAGCAAUACAGGCCGCUCCCCUCCUCAGUCCUGACUCCCGUAAACAGGAUCAACCAGUAAGCCCAAAUUCUGCCUGUCCCGCGAGGGUAGGGAAGUGGGUGUUUGACAGCAUCCACUAUGGAGCACCACCUGAUACCAGUGCCCUGGGCUGGGUUUUGGAAAUCCGCCUUGUUCCUCCCCUUUUAAAAGCACCUUGAGGGGGAUGGGGUGGAGCUGCAGGAAGAGGCAGCAGGGAUCCAGUCCAGCCUGCGUGCCCCAGUGUGAAGCCACCAAUGAUGCCGGGAGAAGGGGCAAGGCCCUGGGGCAGGUGGACUUUUCUGGUCAACUCACCCCAGUCCUCCCCUCCUCUUGACAUAUCAGCCCCCAGCCGGUUCUGGGUUUCCCCCAGCCACCUGGCUGGACCUCUCUCACUGGCCCUGUCCCACGGCCCCUGCAGGCUGGACAUCUUAUCCAGGGGCCCCGAGGCCUCUGCCUGAAUUGGGCCCCUGAGUUGGCUCACUGGCCACCGGUGUGGGUGAGGCCCAUGGAAGCAACCCUGCAAGGGGUGGAAACAACCUGCCCUGGGGAGGGAAGGCUGCAGGGCUGAGUCUGCUUAGAUAACACAUUGGCCAAGGUCCAAAGGGACUAGCGGGGGCCCAGGUCCUCGUGGCCGGACACUGACCACUUAAUGCCCUUGGGCUUUCAAAGCCCAGACCUGGGGCUGGACCCAAUCCCGCCCCAAAAAGGUAAGAAAUGGGAAAGCAGGUUUUACUUUACAGCCAGUUCUUGCAUAUCCAAACAAGUGCAGAGAGACACGGAUUAUCCAAAACAACUCAUGGUAAGGAACUCGCUUUUAACCUCCUGGAGGAAGCCACUCCAGGACCCAGGGAAUCGAGGGAAGGGGGAAUAUAGCCUUGGGUCAGGGCAGGUUCCCAUCUGGAGAGACUUUAGCAAUCCACUGUGGAUAAACCAUGAAGGGGAUAAAUAACCCGUGGAUAAUCAAACUGACUGCAGCUCAAAAACCACUUUUAAUCCUUUGCACAAUGUGACUUUAUGUGUAUGUUUUGGUGUGUGUUUCAUCCUGAGUGAGUGAGGGUGUGUGUGUGUUUGUGUGUGUGUGAGCGUGGUAUAUAUACUGUACAUAACAUAGGUGUUCGUAGGGCACUGCUAAGUACCUUUGUAUUGUCAGUGUGGGUGGUGGAACAUUUUGUAGCCAGGAACAAUCAGAGAGGUCUUCUUUAUGCCAAUACGGGCUAUAGAAGCUGCACUGGACAUUCUGUUUGACUUAAAAUCUGCCUUCUUAUUCAUUUCCCCCACCCCCACUCCACCUCUGUUGACUCAGAAAUAGGACAGUUGUCACACCUGCCAUUUCAUUCCCUACCAGUGACCUUGUGGCCUCCCCCACUGACUUGAGGAGUUCUCUUGCUCCCCACUCUGGGAUUUGGCCGGCUCCCCUGCCUGAUGGACCGGAGUGGACCUCCAGGAUGGGGGUGGUCUAUUGGCAGGACUGGAGCCAAGAUGGGAUAUGUCGGAUCUGGCUUUCUUUUCCAGCUGGCAGGUGGCCAGUGUUUGGGACCCAGAGAUGGGACCCAGGCAGCCAGGGCUGGGCUGGUGCGGGGGGGUGAUUCCAAGUGGCCUUUGAUGGAGUUGGGGUCGAAAUCACUUCGUGAUUCAAGGGGAUCUGGGUUCUCCCUUCUUCCCAGGAGGACACCUGAGGAGUAUCAGUCACAGCUGGUUUCCAUCAGGGCUGGAGGAGGAUGGGGGCAAGGGGCCUCUAGUUAGAGUCUCCCACCCACUCCUCUUUGGGUGGGCUGCUGGAAAGGUAUCCGGCACCGGAAGGGGUAAAGUGUGUGUUGCGGGGGGGGCGGUGUCGGGUGUUGGAGCUUUGUAGCUCCUGAGGUGCCGAAGCAAGAGAGGAGGGAGGUGGAGAUGAUUUUGGUUUGGGGGCUCUGGAAGUUGUGGUGGGGCAGGUGGGUCCUCCCCAUUGCGAGCCCAGGACAAGGUUGGCCCCUGGGUCGAGGUAACAGGGGAGCAGCUCACCCUGGGGGGCGCAGGCCCUUCCUCCCUCUCUCCUCCCCCCCGAGUCAGGAGGAAGUCUCCUGAGACCAAGUCUGGACAAUCUGGGAAGAUAUGGCCAGCCGAGCUUGCCCAGCCUCGACUGACUGACCAUUAAACAAGGAGUCCAGGGACAGGACCAGGCAGGCCACCGCCAGGAGCUUCCUUGCCCAGAGGCAGGGGGCUGGACCACAUGACCUCUCGAGGCCCCUUUCAUCUCUGCGAUAUCUGACGCCCGUCUUUCACGGCUGGCUGGUGGAAGAGCAGAACUGUACACCUCCCCUUCCCUGUGGAUUCUUCCUGACUUAUUUCCUGAGAAAUGACAUGUAGCACAACCUCAUCGGAAAGCCUCACUGGGAGAGAAGCACCCCCUCGCCCCGAAACCUGCUCCCGCCACCCUGACCCUCGCCCACAUCAUGAAUGGUGGUCGUUCUCCCCGCCGGGACCCCCGGCAUCCCGAUACCUCACACUUUUCUAAGCAAAGAGAGGGCCCUCCCCUCCCUUGGGCAGGUCACGUCUGUCUGAUGCCGUUUUCCAUUCUCCCGUGAGUGUCUGAUCUUGUAGCAGGCUGGGGGUGCCUGCCUGCACAUCUGCCCGGAUGUGGACUCUGAGAAUCCUGCUGCUGCUGCUGCUGCUGCUGUGACUUUGGAUCCUGUUUAGCCCAGGGUGAGAGUGGCUUUAGAAGCCCUGGGAGAGAGCGUGAGUGAGAGAGAGGGAGAGAGACACCAAAGCAAAGCUAAUUUGGGCUUCUCCUAGGUGGCUGUUGCAGGGGGCCUGUGGAGGAGGGAGGUGCCAGGAUGCCAUCUCACCUGCCUCCCGCUGCCCCUUCCGUGAUCAGCUUCCGCAUUCACCUGGCACACAGAAGAUCUCAUUUAAAAUGCUGCUGCCUGCAUCAGCGACUUCCUUAGUUCAGGACCAGGGUGGGUAUUCUGGUGUCUGGCUCCUCGUUGCUGACUCUUCCCCUCUUCUUUCCGUUUGCAUUUCGUGCAGGUGAAGAGACAAUGAAUGAAGCAAAAAAACCCAUAUUUAUAUAUAUUUAUAUAUAUAUACGUAUACAUAUAUAAAUAUAAAUAAAUCUACUGUAAAGGGCAAAGGAAACUGUUUGGGGGGGACACGUUUGCGUUAUGAUUGUGUCCCCUCGUUUCCCCUCUCUGCCCCUAUAGGGUGGGUGGGGGAAGAGGGGUCUUUAAAGGGGACUGGAUAUAAACUGGAAAUCCCAGGAUUUGCUGAGGGAAGGGUGGAUUAGGAUCUCAAAGAAAUGUCUGCGAUGCCAAAGAGAGCAACGUGUUUUUCUCUGGCAAAAGGCUGCUUCGGCCGAACCGUCCAAAAUGCCUCUCGAACGUGAGCACUUUGAUGUUGGUGGCCUUGUUUCCUUAAAGGGCUCAAUCUUUUCAUGUAGUGAAGGUAAAAUAAGCCACGCCCAUCACACACCCCUCCUCUCAAUACCCUGUUCCCACCCCUCAUCCAAAUGCCAACCCUGUGGCUUAUGGACGCUGUUCCGUCAGUGACACCCCAGAGAAGAAUCUGGGAGUUCAGAAUUGCUGGAUUUAUUAAAAUCACAUCUCCUCCAAGAGGCCUUCCCUGACUAAGCUCUCAUUUUCCCGAUUCCUUCUUCCUUCUG